AGACAGCAACGUGGAUCUGCCAGAAAUUAAGGGUUAAAAAAGCGAAAUCCACCAAAAUCACAGCCAUCCAUUUUCUCUCUCUCGUUCAAGCUUCCCUCUCCUCUAUCUCGAAAUCGACCUCAUCUGCGAAUCUUCUUUCGAUCUUCUUCAAUCCAACAAGAAUGAGUGACCAGGGAGAGAAGACUUGUCCACUAUGUGCUGAGGAGAUGGAUCUGACUGAUCAGCAAUUGAAGCCUUGCAAAUGUGGCUAUCAGAUAUGUGUUUGGUGCUGGCAUCACAUAGUCGACAUGGCAGAGAAAGAUCAAAUAGAAGGUCGUUGUCCUGCUUGUCGCACUCCUUAUGACAAAGAGAAGGUUGUAGGGAUGACUGUCAAUUGCGACAGUCUGGCCUCUGAAGGCAACAUGGAGCGUAAGAAGGUUCAAAAGUCAAAAUCAAAACCUUCUGAUGGGAGAAAGCAACUCACCAGUGUGCGAGUCAUCCAAAGGAAUCUUGUUUACAUUGUCGGGUUGCCCCUUAAUCUAGCAGAUGAAGAUCUACUCCAUCAUAAAGAAUAUUUUGGUCAGUAUGGAAAAGUUCUAAAGGCUUCCAUGUCUCGAACUGCAACUGGUGUCAUCCAACAAUUUCCAAACAAUACAUGCAGUGUAUAUAUUACUUAUGCAAAAGAGGAAGAAGCUGUCCGUUGCAUUCAGGCUGUUCAUGGGUUUAUAUUGGAUGGUAAAUCACUCAAGGCAUGUUUUGGGACAACUAAGUAUUGUCAUGCAUGGCUGAGAAAUGCGGCAUGCGUCAAUCCUGAUUGUCUCUAUUUGCACGAGGUUGGUUCGCAAGAGGACAGUUUCACAAAAGAUGAGAUCAUAUCUGCUCAUACACGGAGUAGGGUUCAACAAAUCACUGGAGCAACAAAUCUUCUACAUCACCGUUCAGGGAGCAUGCUACCUCCACCGCUGGAUGCUUUUUGCAGUGACAGUUCUUCUGCAAAACCAAUUGUAAAUGGGCCAUCGAGUCAGAGUGCAGCAAGUGUUCCCAGGUAUUCUCCACCUAGUGGGAGUGGGAGCUCUAGCAGAUCCACUGCUCUUCCUGCUGGAGCGUCAUGGGGGUCACAUAUUGCAAACCAGCAGUCUUUAGCAACUUCGGUUACCUCAAAUGGCUCUUCUGAAAUACAAAGAACAACGCCAGUAAAUGGUACACUGGCCUUUUCUGCUGUUGUUGCAAACGCAACUCAUGGUCCUGUAUCCACUAGUGACGUUGUUAAAAGACCAAGCCAAAUAGGUGUUGACAAAAGCAAGCCUAGAGUUUUGAAGCCUUUGGAGCAUGAUGCUAUUGUUGAUUCUGGGUCUAAAAGGACUACCUCACCAGAUAGAGAUCCUCCAAGCAAUCGGUUAUCCAGUUCAACAGACUCUUCUUACGAUGGCAGAGACCUUGCGAAGCCUUCAGCUACUGUAAACACAUUUGACGAUACAGAUGAAACUGUAGAAGAAGACCCUACUGUAAGCAACUUGUCUACUGUUGUUUCACAAAUGGAGAUAACUACAAGUUUGAGGGAUGAACGCCCUGAUACUGUAAGCAACUUGUCUACUGUUGUUUCACAAAUGGAGAUAACUACAAGUUUGAGGGAUGAACGCCCUGAUAUGGCAAUGGCGAUUGGUAGUAAGUGUGAUCCAGGUUCUAUUAGACAGCCUGGUCAUGAAGUAUCAACGUCGUCACAUUUAGAGCAAUGUAGGGUGGAUAGUGCAAACACUGAUGAAAAAGCUAUUCGAUCAGAGACCGAGGUUCCCUACACAAAGCCAGAGUGGGAUUGGAGAUCAGAUUUGCAAUCCCAGAUGCAAGUUAGUUCAAAAUGGGAUGUAGAGGAUAAAUCAUCAUUAGAUAGCCAGCGGCAUCACCCUGAAGAAGAUAUCAUACUCUCUCGGUUUUUGUCUAACUCUUCAAGUUCCAUUUUGAAUUCAAAUCGUUUGGCUUCUUCUUCUUCUUGUUCUCUGCCUUCUGAACAUUCAGGUGUGAACGAUUCAAAUCUGAGGUUCUCUUCAGACAGUGAUAGAUUGCAUCUUCCAAACGGAUAUGGUGAGAAAUCCAUGUUCAGUGUUGAGCACUCUCUAUUUGCUAAUGACGGCAGGAACAAGGUUCGCAAUGGAGAGGAUGAUAAAAUACCAAACAUUUUGGGACUUGACUUUGAUCCAUGGGAUGAAUCACCGAACAAUUUGGCAGAGUUACUCGGUGAAGUUGAUCAGCGAGCUAGUAGUACUCUUAAACCUGGAAACCUCCUGAAGCAGCACAACAGCCAGUCCAGAUUUUCUUUUGCUCGAUAUGAAGAAUCUAGUAAUCAAGCAUUUGAUAGGGAGAACCAUAGCAUUUAUGGGCAGUUUUCAAGAGAUCAGGCUGUUCCGGAGUCUGUGGUGAGUCGAGAUAUCUAUCGUGAUAAUCUCGGGAGUGUAAAUGGAUUUGCUUCAAACUACUCUGGUGGAUUGGAAAGCUUUGCUGCUAGUCCUUUAUACUCUUCGUACAAGGCUCCUGUUUCACGUCCCCAAGUUUCUGCACCUCCAGGGUUUUCUGCUCCCAGCAGGUUGCCUCCUCCUGGCUUCUCUUCACAUGAAAGACUGGGGCUAUCUUCAGAUACUGCAACAGGAACUCGUUUUCUUGACACUGCCUCCUUUAUGAGGAAUGCAUAUCAAUCACUGCCUCCAGUUGGUAAUCAAAGUGGUGCAAGUGAUAUUGAGUUUGCCGAUCCUGCCAUCCUAGCUGUUGGAAGAGGGAUGAUUAACACAGACUUAGGUAUGAGAUCAGGUUUCUCAUCACAAAUGAAUUCCUUUGGGAACGAAACAGCACUCCAGAUGUUGAGACAGCAAUCUCUGUCUGCCGCACAGCAGCAAGAAGUAAAUGGGUUUCAUCAUGAUCUCAGAAACUUGUCUCCGUCACCUACCGAUCCUUAUGGAUUUAGUUCAAGGCUAAUGGAAGGAAGUAGCUUAUCUCAUUUCUCACAGCUCGCCAGACAACAACCAUCUGCAAAUCCAGGCUUGUCUAAUAGUAAUGGUCACUGGGAUAAGUGGAAUGAAGGCCAGAGUUUGAACUCUAUAGGUAUGGCCGAGCUUCUUAGGAAUGAACGGCUGGGAUUCAAUGGGAGCCUAUACAACAACGGGUAUGAAGAACCCAGAUUCCGGAUUCCGAGUCCUGGAGAUGCGUAUAAUAAUAGAACAUAUGGGAUGUAAUUCUGGUGGCAUGAAGAGAGGUUUUCUGCUUUGUUGGAUUUGCUCUGGCUGAUCCCAAAAAGGCUAUAGAAGAAAUUAUUCUCAAAAACUGCUUCCUUCACUGCGCAUAUUGAAGAUGCAUGGCCCCAACAAAGAUUCACCAAGAGCGUUUUUGAACUUUGAAGGAGCCGAAGAAACGUUAUGUUUGGGUGGGUGCUUUGGAUAGAUUUGAGUUCUGCAGAUUGGUUUGAGAAUAGUGGCAAAAAGUGGAUGUAUGUCUUGCGAAAUUGAUUUGCAAUUUCUUAUUCAGUAUUGUAAAUCAAUUCAGUUCUGAAACAGUAAACUUUGUUUUUUGUAAUAAACGUUUUAUACAACAAAUUGUCAUAGCUGUUAGAAAACGAAAUACAUUUGUUGUAUCA